ACAUACUAAUCGCUGAAAAAUGUUUAUAACUAUUUAAUUUCAAUCGAAAUCGUAUCAAGUUCGGUUCUUGAAUGUUGCUAAUGAUCUAUACUAUCUUCCACGAGUACCAGGGAUCAUUAUCUAUAUAGUAGAUAUCGUAUUAAUUAUACGUCAGCGUGAUUCAGUGACUGGCAAAUGCCAGAUCAGGUUAUAGUGAAUGCUAGUAAGAGUAUCGCCGAUGUUGUGAAUUAUAAUUAUGGAUCGUGAUUGUGCAUAAAGUCCAACUUUGAUAUAUUUCUAAUCAACUAUUUAUUAUAUUUACUGUGUACUGCUGAGUGCUAUUUAAUUAAUCAUGGCAAGUAAUUUAUCAACUUGGCUCCAAUUCGAUUUAUAUUAUGCAAGAUUAGUGUAUAUAAGAAAUUUUCACUAGGGAAGCAAUGUGGGAAAUAUUCAAUCUUGCCUUGUCGACAAAUGUCCACAGCAGCUAUUCCAAAACAAAAGAGUAGCAUUAAACCUAAAACUGGUAUUCUAAUGUUAAACAUGGGUGGACCCACUCAUAUAGAACAGGUGCAGGAAUAUUUAUUGCGUAUAAUGACUGACCGUGAAAUGAUUCAACUACCAGUUCAAAGUCAGUUGGGUCCUUGGAUAGCCAAACGUCGUACACCUGAUGUACAAAAGAAAUAUGCUGAAAUUGGUGGAGGUUCGCCGAUUUUAAAAUGGACAAAUAAGCAGGGUGAACUUUUGUGUAAACAGUUAGAUAAUGUUUCACCAGAAACUGCACCUCAUAAAUACUAUGUUGGUUUUCGCUAUGCCGAUCCUCUUACUGAAGACACUCUUGAAGAAAUAAAUGAAGAUGGUGUUCAACAUACAGUUAUAUUUUCUCAGUAUCCACAAUAUAGUUGUGCUACAACUGGGUCUAGCUUUAAUGCAAUAUAUCAGUUUUAUAAGAAGAGACACCUACCUGCUAAUAUGAAAUGGAGUAUAAUAGAUAGAUGGGCAACACAUCCAUUAUACAUAAAGACAAUUGCUGAAAGGAUUAAGGAGGAGUUAGUUCACUUUCCUGAGAACAUAAGAGAUGAUGUUAUAAUUUUAUUUUCAGCUCAUUCUCUUCCUCUGAAGGCAGUGAAUAGGGGAGAUUCUUAUCCAUCUGAAGUUGGGGCAACAGUUGCCUUAGUAAUGCAAGAAUUAAAUUACUGUAAUCCCUACAAUCUAGUAUGGCAAUCAAAGGUUGGACCAUUGCCUUGGUUAGCACCUUUCACAGAUGAUGCUUUAAAAGCCUAUGUGAAGCAAGGAAAAAAGAACUUUAUACUAGUGCCAGUAGCUUUUGUCAAUGAACAUAUUGAAACCCUCCACGAAAUGGAUAUUGAGUAUUGCAAAGAACUAGCUGAAGAGCUUGGCAUUGAAAAAAUAAGAAGAUCUGCUGCACCAAACGAUCAUCCUAUCUUUAUUGAUGCUCUGACAGACAUUGUUCUUUCUCAUCUUAAAUCAAAACGAUCGAUAAGCCCGAAAUUUUUAACUCGGUGUCCUCAUUGUGUGAACCAAAAUUGCCUCUCUAGCAAAAAUUGGUAUUCACAAGUGUGUAAAAGUUAACAUACAGGGAAAUGUACAGUAUUUAUAUUUGUACUUGGGAGUUAAGUACAGCUAAACCACAUUCAAGUUUCUAUUUAUGUAAAAAAAACAUACUGUGAAAAAUAAUGUUUAUUAAAAUAGCUAUGAUUACGA